CUGGCUGUCUUCUGCCCGGGACAAGCAAAACAGCCGUCAAAUCUGUCUUGCUGGCUGUCCGAAAGGGCGCCUAUUGAGAUAGUAACUGUUCCUCUCGUCCGCCAAUCAGAGAUGCAAGACGCUGGGGCUUCUUACGAUAUAGAAGCCGGUUGUCCCAUCAACCGGCAUGCCCAGACCCCACAUCCUUACAUGAUCGCUUUCGAAAAGUGA